AUGCAUCUAAAUUCAAAGCUUGGAAACAUCGAGGAAAUCAAUGAUCCUGAUGUUUUGUGGCAUAAUAUUGGUGACAGCGUCAAGUCAUCUGCUGAAGAAGUUCUAGAAUUCGUCAAAUGCCAGCAUCAGGAUUGGGCUGGAAGAGGCACAGUUGACAUGAUUUUUGCUCUUCGGCAAAUUCAAGAGAAAGCACGUGAACAAAAUACUGACUUGUACAUGGUCUUUGUCGUCUUGACCAAGGCUUUUGAUACAGUGAAUCGUGAAGUGCUCUGGAAAAUUUCGUCAAAAGCUAGACUUACUGAUAAAAUGGUAAGGUUAAUAGUAUCCCUGUACAAAGGAAUGAUGGCAACAGUGAUAUCUAGUAGUUCAGAGGCAUCUUCUGCUGCCACUGGAACCAAACGGGGAUGA